UCGGCGGCCGCCGCCGCCGGGUGAAGGAUGCGGCUGCGGAUCUACAAGCGGAAAGUGUUGCUGUUAGCGCUGGGGCUGGCGGUGUGCGCCCUGGCGCUGUGGGGAACCGGCGGCGGAAGCAGCGGGAGGAGGAGACAGCAACAACAGCAGCAGCAACAACAGCAGCAGCAGCAGCAGCAGCGGGGCGGUACCGGUACCACCGGGGAACCGUCUCGGGUGAGCGAUCCGCCUCCUCCGCCUCGCCGCUCGGUUGUUAACGCUUCGGUUGUGUCAGCAGCGCCGCUGGAGUUAACCGAGAACGGGACGUUGAGUUACCGCUCGCUGGUUUACCGGCUGAACUUUGACCAGCCGGUGCGGAACGCCGGGCGCUUCCCGCUGCGCUCCUCCCCCGACGUGGUGCUGGUGGUGCAGGUGCACGACCGUGCCGAGCACCUGAGGCUGCUGCUGGAGUCCCUACGGCGAGCGGCGGGAGUGGAGAACGUGCUGCUGGUCCUCAGCCACGACCUCUGGGCCGAGGAGCUCAACCGGCUGGCGGCACGCGUGGAUUUCUGCCCCGUCCUCCAGGUGUUCUUCCCCUUCAGCAUCCAGCUCUACCCCCGCGAGUUCCCCGGACACGACCCCCGCGACUGCCCCCGCGACGUGGGCAAAGCGGCCGCCCUGCGCUUGGGCUGCAUCAACGCCGAGUAUCCCGACUCCUUCGGGCACUAUCGCGAAGCUCGCUUCUCCCAGACCAAACACCACUGGUGGUGGAAGCUGCAUUUCGUCUGGGAGAGGGUGCGGGCGCUGCGGGACCACGCGGGGCCCGUCCUUUUCUUGGAGGAGGACCAUUACCUGGCGCCUGACUUCUACCACGUCCUCAAAAAGCUCUGGGCCCUGCGGGAGCGGGAGUGCCCCGAGUGCCAAAUCGUCUCCCUGGGCACCUACAGCCCCGUCCGCGGGGGCUUCGCCGGCCGAGCCGACAAGGUGGAGAUGAAGACAUGGAAGUCCACCGAGCACAACAUGGGCAUGGCCUUCGGCAGAGACACCUACCAGAAGCUCAUCGAGUGCACGGAUGCCUUCUGCACCUACGAUGAUUACAACUGGGACUGGACUCUGCAGCACUUGACUGUCUCUUGUCUUCCAAAGUUCUGGAAAGUGCUGGUUCCCGAAAUCCCCCGGAUUUUUCACACGGGGGACUGUGGCAUGCACCACAAGAAAUCCUGCAGACCGUCCACCCAGAGUGCCAAAAUCGACUCUCUCUUGAACAGCAACCAACAGUACCUGUUUCCCGAAAUGAUGAGUGUCAGUAAAAGGUACUCCAUGGCACCCCUGUCCCCUCAUGUCAAAAACGGAGGGUGGGGAGACAUUAGGGACCACGAACUCUGUAAAAGUUACCGCCGACUUCAGUGAGGAUCCUUCUCACAGCCUUGUUCUUUUUUUUUUGAGUUGUUCCAUACUGUCUUUUACAGGCACAGAAGUGUAUUAAAAAAAAAAAAAAAGCAUUUAUGAGUUGGUUUCUGCUUUAAUAUGAAUAAACACUCAUGUACAAGGUGUCCCAAAA